CCGGGACCGGGAUCGGGAUCAGAAUCAGGAUCCGGGUUAGGAACACCGGCAGGGACAGGGACAAGGACCGGAUCAGGACCGGGACCGGGAUAAAGAUCCGGUGGGUUUCCUGUUUGAGAGAAUAAUCAGAUUUAGUGAAGUGUGUGUGCAGGGCAGCUCCUUGAAGAUAUUUGUUCCUGUCAGCAGAGUAAUCGAGCAGGGCAGCCCUGGGGUCUGAUCUGUACCUGACUGCGUGGGAGGUCUCCUGAGAUUUGGAUGGUUCUUACCAGCUGGCAGCAUUUUCCAGCUUUGUUGUGCUUUUUACUGGAAGUAUAGAAAUAAUGGUAUUUCCAAGAUUUUCUUGGGGAAGAAAAAGAAAAAUGGGAAAAACAGAAGGAAAUCAGCACUACCAUGCUGCUCGGCUGUGUUGAUACCAAGCUGCCUCUGCAGACAAUCUAAGACUUGGCUUUAUUUGGUUUCUGGCCAGGCUGGGGAGAUGACAGCAGUGGACAAGGUGGAGGAGCAGCUGGCGGCUCUGCGCAUAGCCAGGCGCUGCGUGCCCAGCGAGAAACCUUCCUACCUGCUGGACAUCGACACCUCCACGGCCGCCCAGCCCGGGAGCAGCCGCUUCGUGGCAGUUUCCUGUUCCAACAAAUCCAUCAGGGUGUACGACAGGGAGACGCUGCGCUUCCUGCGGGAGUACCGCGGCCACCCCGGGAUCCUCAGCGGGGUCAGGUUUGCACACACGUGUGACAGCGUGGUGUUCUCAGCCUGCAGCCAGGGCGCGGUGAAGUGCUGGGAUGUUCGCUCAGCCGCGCAGGAGCCUGUGCAGGUGUUCAGUGGCUAUCCCUCAAACGUCUUCAUCAGCUUCGAUGUCAGCUGCAGUGACCUCAUCGUUUGUGCCGGAACGGAAAAAGUUGAAAACGACACGUUCCUGGUGUUUUGGGAUGCGAGAGGCAUUACAGACUGUGCCAGUGCCACUAAAGAACCCUUGGGAGUCUAUUCUGAAAGUCACAAUGAUGACAUCACCAAAAUCUGUUUCCAUCCUGUUGAACCCAAUUUGGUAGUGUCUGGGUCAACCGAUGGCUUGGUGAAUGUGUUUGACAUCAAUAAGGAUAAUGAAGAUGAUGCUUUGAUAUCGACUUGCAAUUCAGAUUCAUCAGUGAGUUCUCUUGGCUGGUCUGGGGAAGAUUACAAACAGAUCUAUUGCAUGACACACGAUGAGGGGUUCUGCUGGUGGGACAUGGCUCAGCUGGACACCGAAGAGCCAAUAACCCUGCUGCAUGUUCUGGAUGUCAGAGAGUCAGUCCGCACUGAAAACCACAGCCUGCAUUACCUGGUGGGUGGCUUGUACCACGAAAAGGCAGGGAAACUCUUCCUGGUUGGGGGAACCUCCACAGGAGACAUCCACCUGGUCAGCUGUGGCACCGAUGGCCUGAGCCUGGUGGGGACCCUGUGUGGGGGACACUCGGCCACCGUCCGCUCCUUCUGCUGGAGCCCCACGGAUGAGUCUCUGCUGACGGGUGGAGAGGAUGCUCAGCUGUUGCUAUGGAAACCUGGGGCUGUGGAAAGGUCCCUCACAAAGAAAGCAUCUCUGAAGAUCUCUUCUUCCUUGCAGAAGAGAGUGAGAGUUCACAACACCUCCCUCAAAAGCAGGAAAAAGUGAAAUGCCUAAAGUGGGAAUCUCUGCCGUGCAGAGCUUUCCUGGUGUUUAAUCUCCCUAGGCAAUACUUGGCUGUGUUUUAUUUAGAGGUUUUCUGUGGAAAGAACUGUGGUGCUUGAAUUCCCCCUGGGAAUGUAUUUCAGUCAUCAGAAGAAUGCCCUUUAUUUUUUUUUAAGUUGCUAAUAUUAAUCAGAAAAGAGUAAAUGUUUGCUCCUGAGUUCUUCAACAGCUGAUGUUAAAUCAUAUUAUAUAAAAUUAUUUCUGUGGUUAUUUAAUGUCUCAGACAAUGUUUUAAAUGUGUAAUACAGGCCUGUGGCUUGCAUAGUUCGUUACCUUCCCAAUGAUAUUUCCUGGCACAUUUUAAAAGCUUUUGUAUUCCAUGCUGUAUUUUGCUUUCUUCACAGAAAACUUAAUGAAAUUGCUCAAUUUAGUAAAAGAUUUUAUGUCACAUCUUAAUGCCUGAAGGAAUUACUUUCUGAUGGAACAGAAAAUAAGUAGUGUUGCACUGUCACAUCACUGGUUUAGAACAGGCUCAUAAAGAAGCAGCUGAUAGAGCCAUCUUUUUCAUAGCAGAUAUGAAUGUAUUCAACCAAACAGCAGCUAAUUUGUAUGAGUAUGAGAACUGUUAAACUGGCAUUAUUUCCUGCAUGAAAAUACCCAAGAAUUUUGCAAGCAGCUUCAUUCUCUCCUACUAAGUGCACCUGGAAGAUUGGGGAGAUCUUUGGUGCGUUGGAGAAAUUGAUGGGUAUAAUUACACCAGUGCUGCUUAAAAUCCUAAACCCUGACUUGAAAGAAACUGGUAUCACAUGCCAAGUGGGAAUGCUAAAACCCAGAAAUGAACACUGCCUUCAGAGACUGUAGUUAUGGAGGAACAGCCUGAUAUGAGGUGACUUCAACAAAACCUUUUAGAGGUUGGCCUGGGUCCUUUAAGAAAUGUUUCUCUCUGCACAGAGGUUUAUGCUUGGACAUCUCCCCAGGAGAGCUUUGUUUUAUUAUUCCACCAAAUAUCCACUGAGUGGUGCAAAACCAGCCCUGUUCUUGUAAAAUGGGUGAGACUUCAUGCUUAUUCUGCUUUGCUGGAAGCCUCCAGCCUGUGCUUCUGGCUCUGCACACACACUCACCUCCAGCCUUCCCAGGACCACUGCAGGCAAAUGGUAUUUGAGGCUGUAGUUACACAUGUGCACUACAACUGAAACCAGCACCAGAAUAUUUAAGAAUUGCUCUGUUAUAGAUUAGCUGGCAAAGGUUUUUAAGAGGGGUUGGGUUAUUUUAUCUUUUCCCUUGAGGGUGGAUAGGUAAUUCUUUCAGAAAAAGUCCUGAACAUCAGGUUUAGAGGAUUAUCCUGGAGUUUAGAAACAGUUUCUGAGGUACAGAACAUAUUCCAGUGUAUGGUUACAGCUGUGCUGAAGAUGCCUGAAUCAUCGCUGGAAUUGAAUCCUUUUCAACCACAAGUAUCGAGUUUCCACAUGAUGUUUCACAAACUGUUAAUACCCUUUAGCCACAACUGUGAAUCCAUUGUUAGUUUGGGUUUGCCUGUUGGUGAUAAGAUGAUUCACUUGGUUUUGUUACUGCUGGUUAUUUAAAAGUGCAGCUUCAAUUUGAAGAUCACAGCUCUCUACAUUUUUUUUUGUUACUUGUGUUAAAUUCAUGUUGCCCCAACAUCCUUAUCUGUUGCUUUCCAGAUUACAUUGUGCUAUUUUGAGAUGAGGUGGGCAGUGAGUGUCAGGGCUAUGAUGCACCUGGGUCAUGUGCCCUCUCAAGAUUUAUUAUCCCAGGUCACUGUUUUUUGCCUAUUGUGUACAGAGUGGACCAAGAGCUUUAGACUCUGAAUUCACUGUAAAGCCCUCAUGGGCCUGACUUGGUUCAGUGCCAAUGGGGGUGGGGGACUGAAGGAUGAUUCUGAGACCUAUUUCAUUGCAGGUACAGUGUAUAACUUGCUGGCAAACAAUAACUUGCUGUAAAGCAUCUAAAAAAGAUGUUUAUCCACUCUUUUCCUGGUAUCUUGACACAUUCAGUAGAUAAUGUCGUUGGGUCUGUCUCAUGCUUAAUUUCUUGAAGACAGGUUAGUGUGCACAUAGAGAAAUGCACAGAGAGGGAGCUUGUGGUUGCCUCCACUUGCUUUCAAGUGUCUGCUGAGUGAAAUUCCAGUGUGCUCUGCCAGCUGCCUCUGAAUUAAAGCAGCAGAGGUGGGGAGUUCUGGGACUGAAGAGUUUGCAGUAUGCAACCUGUGCCUGUUAUCUUGUUUCUGGAUUAUGUGGAUAUUGAUUUGUUCUGUAUCAGUCACAGCUGAAGCCAUGAUUUUCCCUGGGAAGCUGAUUUCUCCCUUUUACGUGCAUAACAGAAAUAGCUGCGGAAGGGAAAAAAUGUGUGUCUGUAUCUUAAAAUUCCGCAAAGCCACAGCAGCUGUCACGAGACUGAGGCUUGUGUUGCCUCUGAAAAUACUCAAUUUUGUUGUUUCUCUUUUUCUUUUGUGUUGACUUAAUUUCAGGUUAAUACCCACAAAAUAAACAUAGAUGGAACCACAUGUGAACAAGUAAUUAGCACUGCUUGCUUCUGUAGGCUGCAGACACUAUUUUAUAGAGCACAGAGCACAGGCACAAUCCAUGUGUGAUCACAUAAAUAAUAAUAGACUCGAAAUCAGGUUAACUUGUCUGACAGUAUUUAAUCUCUUAGGUUAAUUUUGACAUCUCCAAGUUGGCUUCAGCAUUGGUAAGAAUCAUGGAAUCACAGAAUGGUUUGGGUUGAAAGGAACCUUUAAAGGCCAUUUAGUCCAACCCCCCUGCAAGGAGAAGGGACAUCUUCAAUGCAUCCAUGUUGCUCAGAGCCCAUCCAGUCUGACCUCAAAUGUUUCCAGAGGUGGGGCAUCCAGCCUGUGCCAGUGUUUCACCACCCUCAUUGUCAAAAAUGCCUUCCUUAUAUAUAGGCUGAAUCUACUCUCUUAUUCAAAACCUUUACCCCUUGUCCCAUCCCAGUAGGGUCUGCUAAAACUUUUGUCCUUAUCUUUUCCAUAGGCCCCCUUCAGGUAUGGAAGGACUGCAGCAAGGUCUGAGCAGAGCCUUCUCUUCUCCAGGCUGCCCACCCCAGCUCUCAGCCUGUGCUCACAGCAGAGGUGCUCCAGCCCUCUGAGCAUCUCUGUGGCCUCCUUUGAACCAUGUCUCCUGUGCUGGGGAUCCCAGAGCUGGAUGCAGCACUGCAGGUGGGCUCUCAGAGAGGGGCAGAGGGGCAGAAUGCCCUCCCUGGCCCUGCUGCCCACACUGCUGGGGAUGCAGCCCAGGAUGGGAUUUGUGUUCUGGGCUGCAAGUGCUCAUUGCCAGCUCCUGGCCAGCCUCUCCAGCAUCAGCACUGAGUCCAUCUUGGCAGGGUUGCUCUGGAUGCCUUCAUCCCCAGCCUGGACUGACACCAAGGGAUGCCCUGACCCAGGUGCAGCACCAGCACUUGAUUCCUGUGGUCCCACUUGAGCUUCUUGAGCUUGUACGGUUCCCUGUGGAUGGCAUUUCAUCCUUCAGGAGUGUCAACAGUGCCACUGGGCUUGGUAUCAUGUGCUGAUCUGAGGCUGCACUCGAUCCCACUUCUGUGCCAUUAAUCAAACAGUGCUGGUCCCAGUACAGACCCCUGAGGGACCCCCUGACCUCUAUCUGGACAUUGAGCUGUUGUCAUUACCCUCUGGAUGUGACCAUCCAACCAAUUCCUCAUCCACCCGACAGUCCAUCAUCAAAUCCAUCUCUCUCCGGUUCAGAAGGAUGCAGUAGGGGACUGUGUCAAAGGCCUUGCAGGAGCCCAGCUCUGACCUUUAUAAAACUUACGUAAUUGAAGCUAUGUGCUAGUAGCUUUCGGAAAUCAUCACUGUGUGAAUUGUUUAACCCCAGGGGAAGCUUGAAUUCCGGAAGCAGUAUCAGAUUUGUUCCAGUAAAUGAAAAGCAGAAAUCCAGAUAGUCUGUUUAAAUGCAAAAACCAGUGUCCAUCUUUAUUCAGAGUUUAUAGUAAACCUGCUGUACGAUGUAUCUGAGCAGCAGGAGAUUAUCCUGCUGUAAACACAUGAAAAUUAAAUUACUUAUAUUUGGCACGUCCUGAAAUUUACUUUGUUUCUUCUUCUUUUCUCUGUAAUUAAAGUGCAGUACUUGCACACUUACCACUGCUUUUCAAGUAAAAGACAUUCAGGAUGACAUCCCAUAGUCUGUGGAUAACUUCAUCAAUUACUUGACUGUAGGAUUUUACCCACGCUUUAGGGUUGAGAAGGAAAUUAUUUAACAAAUCCAAAGUUGUGAAUUCAUUUCUGGGUGGAAUUUAUUUAGCCAGUUGCCAGCCAUAAACUAUUCUGUGGGCCAGAUUGUAUAUGGCACAUGUCCUGUGUAUUCAAACUGCAAAUCUACAUUGAAAUAUCCCUUAGCAGAGAAGCUGAUAGAGUAAAAUGUUUAAAAGACAUGAAAUGCAAGCUUUAUGCUGUUCCAAAUGACAGCUUUCUCUUGGCUCCUGCCGUGCUGUGGCUCUGUAGGUCAGAGAGUUGUGUGAAGCAAUGCAUUUUGUCAUGGGAAGUGCUGACUCAGCCCCUGCACACUCCUGGAGCUGCAUCUUGUGUUUUACAGGAUCCUGGACUGGUUGGGGUUGGAAGGGACCUCUGGAGAUCAUCUGGUCCAACCCCCUGCUUGAGCAGGUUCACCUAGAGCAGGUUGCACAGGGUUGUGUUCAGGCAGGGUUUGAUUAUCUCCAAGGACUUUCUGGACAGCUGUUCCUGUGCUCUGCCACCCUCACAAUAAACAACUUUUUCCUCAUAUUCAGAUGGAACUUCCUGUGCAUCAGUUUCUGCCCAUUGCCCCAUGUCCUGUCACUGAAAAGAGCCUGGUCCCAUCCUCUUGACACUCACCCUUAAAUAUUUGUGUUUUGGGGAGAGGCUCCCUUCUUUCAGGAGGGCAUUGGGUAUGAAUACAGUUAAUUGCAGUGUCAGUUCAUUGACAAAGCUUCUGUACUGAAGGAACUGACACACUUGCCAUCUCCUAAAGCUUGUCUGCAUUUGCCACGGUUAAUUUGGAGUUGUUUCUCUCCACCCCUUCAAAAUGGUCUUCUGUUGUUUGUCUUCUUGGUCUCUUUAAUAGGUAGUGGCAAAUUGUGUUGGCACCUGCUUUUCUGAAGAGAUGGGUCCUGUUCCUUUCCUCUGGGAGCUCCUGCCCUGUGCAUGGGCUGCUGGACUCUGCACUUCCACAUCACACCAAAUGGAGGGUGGGAAGCACAGGGAGGGAAGACCAAGGGGAGGUUGGCCAAGCUGACCCUCCGACAGGGCAUCUCUCCAGGGGAAGCUCCUUGAUAAGGAGCUGGACCCUCUACCUUUAGAAAUACAUGUAAGAGCUUAUUCUUGAGCUUGAUGUAAGAAGGAUAGGACCUCAAAUAAAUUAUGCAAGACAUAAACACCCUUUAAGCAUAAAAGCCAGUUCCCGUUUGUGUGAUUUGGCAGUGAAACAGGUGAGAGGCAGAAGGUGUUCACUCGCCAGGGCUGGGUGUUCUUUACUUCCAGGAGCA